AACCUCUCCUUCUCUCGCAAUCCACACAAAUACGACACGACACGAUACAUAACACCGCUAGCUCUUCAAUUCUUCUCUCCCUCACUACUCUCUAUUCGUUAGUGUUCUUCAAUUCUUCAUCGCAGACUUAGAAUCAUGGGUUUGCAAAACCAAUUAAACGACGUGUCGUCGGGUUCGAUUCCGCUGCUGGUCUUGGCGCAGAUAGCGACCUGCGUCAACUACCUCCGCUCCAUGCUUUUCGCGCUUUUGCAAACCCUUGGUCUGUGCCGAUUUCACUCCGACCAGAUCGUCGACGAGCGCUUCCUCGCCGCCGUCGGAUCCGGCCUCGCCGGACUCAUCAUGCUCUCCGAUCAGCUAACUCUCAGCAGCCAAUUCUUCCACCACCACCACGCCGGCGCCGGCGGCCACGACCACCACCCCUGCGUCGUGUGCCAGGCCACCUUCGAGGACGGCGACCAGGUCCGCAUGCUCCCCUGCCGCCACGUCUUCCACCGCCGCUGCUUCGACGGCUGGCUCCACCACUACAAGUUUAACUGCCCACUCUGCCGCUCACCGCUCUUCUCCGACGAGCGCGUGGCCGUCACAGAGCGCCGCCUCGGCCAGCAACUCAUCUCUUGGUUCUCUCUUCACUGAUGCGAAGCCGUUUCGUUUUCUGAACUCCCACUUUUACGGUUUUACCCCUUUCUCGCGACCACUUUUUACAGAGCUGGACGUGGGUUUCUUUUUCUGUUUUUUCUUUUCCUUUUUACUUUCCCUCCUUUUUUUAAUACUAGGGUUUUUUUUUUAAUUUUUUCCUCCCCGUGUAGGGUAUUAGGCUAGAUUUCUUUUCUUUUUUUUAACAGUAAUUUUGCUGAAGGUAUUUUUUGAAGGGUUUUCUACCGUCUGAAAAUCCUUUUUGAGAUGCUGUAAAUUUUGGACUCUAUGUGUUCAUGGCAAUAAUCGGAGAUAGUAGAUGUAAAGUUUUCAUAAGAGAA